AUGGCCGAAGUUGCUUAUCCUCAACAUAAAUCAACACUUCUACAUCCGAUUCCAAUAAUGAGUAUAACAUCUGCUGCGCCUAUGACUGGACGGGUAACCGUUAAUGAGGUAUCGGAACUGCCUGUCGCUACUUCCUCAUCAACAGAUUUGCAUUCUAUACACAUUCCACCGUAUGCUUCUGGAAACCAAUUCCCGAAGUCAAGGAUUUCCGGUUUUUCCGGAAAUACCUAUCAUGGUGAUGUGACUUCGAGCAUAUCGCAUCCGGAACUGGUGGUUGCAACAAAGCCGGUGCUUGCCCACAACUCGAUAUCGUUGGCACUACCCUCGUUUUCGGAUUUAGAGUCAAAAUCCCGCGGUAGAGAACAACUUCCGAACCUAUCAGCCGUUUUGAACAAAAUACAAUACGAGCAGAGACUUCCGUUACCAAAGCCAACUAUUCCGGUAGCAUCCACGGCACAUUCCGCUUACACUCAAUACUAUGAUGCAAUACAUAAGCACGAAUAUCCGGCAUCAAUUUUUACGCAUCCAUAUGGUGGUCCCGGCAUAUCUGUGAUGCAUACAAUGUCGGUUUCAAGUCCGGUUUCCCGGCCACAAUACCCUCUUCCACCGAUGUAUGGUCUUUCUACUGAUUCAAAUCAGUAUCCGUCUGAAAUACAUCCUUCAUCCAGUAGUGCAGUUACAUCCAGUCCCUAUGUUGGCUCCAUCCACAAGAAUAUUCGCAAUAAUUAUACACGUGGUGUGUCAUCCUCAAUAUCUGCAUCCUCCACUACACCUAAGGUGAAUGUUGGAACAAAAAGACGCGGCAAGAGUGUUGGCUCCCGCAGAUAUCAAUGUAAGAUAUGCUCGAAGUUUUUCACAACAUCCGGCCAUCUUGCACGGCACACACGUAUUCACACGGGGGUGAAAAAUCACGUUUGUCCGUUCGAAGGCUGUAAUGCCCGAUUCUCCAGACAGGACAACUGUAUGCAACACUACAAAACACACCUUAAUGGCAAGAAAUCAAGGAGGAGGCCGAAGCAGGAGAGGCGUAUAUGA